AUGGGUGGUUGCAAUGGGACUAGUAUGGUUUCAACUGUUGAAGUUUUUGAUCCUCGGAUUGGUUCGUGGAUGGCUGAGGAAUCCAUGAAGGAUCCAAGGGGAUUUUUUGCUGCAAUUGUGAGUGGGGGUAAGAUUUAUGUGAUCGGUGGUCUGGACCAUAACAGCACUAUUUUAGAAACGAUUGAAAGUUACGAUGAGGGUUCCGGUUGGCAGGUGACUAACCUGAAAGCUGUUGGGAAAAGAGGCUUCUUCUCCGCCCUCGUGCUUUGA